CGGAGUUCUUGUUCUCCAACCAAACGCACUUCAUCGAUUGUCGUCGCUAACGCGGCCACACAAACCGUCGGUCUUUUUUAUCCAAGUUCUGCCGACCUUCGCAGACAGUCCUCUCUGACACGCCCUCCGUCCGGUGUGGACACUCAGCUACGUGAUCGGGUUCCGUUGCUGACUGCCGUCAGCCCCGGUCGAGGCUAUUGGCGUAAACAAUUGGAUCACAUUAUUGCUCAUUUCAAAGUGUACACAAACAAUAAUCCCGGAUUUCGGUCAGUUAUUGGCGAACCCCGAUUAGGCAAGUUGAUAACCGCUGACUUCACAGAGACUCGAGGGCACGCGACAGUAUUGUUAACAUUCACUCUGCCAGACUCGAUUUAUUCAACUUCCGCUAAUCCGUCUGAUACAUACGAGGCGUUUGUUAGUCGCUCGACCAAUCGACCCGAACGUGAUUCCGCAGCCACGCUACCGAAUUCCAAACCCCGAAAAUCUAGCCCACGAAAAGGAAGACCGUAUUCCGCCUCGUCAGUCGAUGACGAAGAACUUACACCAUCGGUAGGCCAACGAGGUCGAACUGCUGUCGAAACUGUGGACGACGGUCCGGAUAGUCAGGGUGAUGUUGGCUCUCAGAUAGCCAGCGAUGAAGAACGUAAAUAUGGUGCUGCUUCUCGACAGGAUGAUGAAUCGAGUGAAAAUAUGUCCGUCGAACCACAGAAAUCGCGUAGUCGAGGUCAGAAAAAGAACAGCGCUCGUUCCCAACGAGGCACCAGUGCUCACAGUACUCGUUCGGGUGGAAAAUCUAUCACAAGAAAUGGGAAGAAACCGCCCAUCGGAGCCCAUCAUGGUGAAGCGGGCGUAGCGUUGCAACGUGACGCUAAGCUAAGCGGCGCCAAUCCGAACUGUGUGACUGCAGAUGGCGAAACCCCGCUGGUUAUAGCUGUACAUGAACGACACGAAAAUGCCAUAGAGGCACUGAUCAGUGCAGGUGCCAAGCCAAAUGUACCAGGCACACUGUAA